UGGCCAACACGGGUGUUCUUGCCUCGGGGAUUGGCGAUGCCAUGGGCGCGGUCGUCGGCUCGAGCGUUGGCCGCACCAAAGUGUGCGAAACGAAAACGUUGGAGGGAAGCGUCGCGGUGUUUCUCUCGAUGGUGCUCUUUGCGUACGCGGCAGUGCCGUCUGCGCACCCAUGGGCGACUCCAGUCUUUCUCGGGUUUCUCUGGAGCACGUGGCCCACGACCGCGCUCGAGGCGGUGACGUGCCAGAUCGACAACUUGGUGCUCCCGCUCUUCUACUUGGCAACGUGCUGCAUCACGCAAGCGUACCUACUAGUACAUGUGUAAAUCACUGCUCGUAUCAAUACAACGUCGGUAUGUUUCUCGU